ACCAAACCGACCCACACGCCAAGUCCACACCAGGACACACCUGGACGUUGCAGGAGACAAGGCCGACGCAUGAAGGAAGAGCUGGUAAACCCACGAAGAAUGCUGCCGCCCCCCCAAGAACGCACCGACGCGACGCGAUCAACGCUCCGAACCCUGCCCAGCAUGGACCAGUUGAUUGCCCGGUCGCCGCUCCAAGGCACUUCUCCACACCACGCAGCCACAACCACAUUGGCGGCACCGAUCUAUGCGCACUCGCCAACACCCAAUGCAGCGCACAGUGUUCACGCAGAAUACGUCAAGCCACCUGCGUUUGUGUACACAAAACACCCACAUCCGUCCGGAUUGCCAUCGUUUCCCGACGACCGGCGCGACGCUUUCUUACGUCCGUCGGGGGGGGGCACGUAUUCUCCAUACACGAACGGCCAGUACCAUCAUUACGAAAACUCCAUUUCCAACCAUCAAAUGAAGUCAUAUGACAUGCAGCCCCACCAAACGUCGUACACCCACGGCCCUCUCUCGCGCCACCAGUACGCUUCGUCGGCAGCGUCGCCGUACCCAGGGUACCUCCCGCAUUACGAUGAUCAACGCCCUCAACAUCAGCAGCAUCAUCAUCAGUCCAUGUCGAACGUCGACGAAACACCUUUCGCUCGCACUGGCAUCCAACCGCGUGGAUUUGGUGACGAGUACGCGAGCCGGCAUCAUAUUCAUGCACACCCUCGUCCAAUGCAUGCCGAACCAAGCCGAGGAGUGGCAUAUCAUGACGAGUUAACGUCCAUCGACGCAUCGUCGACAGGGAUGCACGGUGACCUGAAAGAUUCCAAGAAGCGCGAGCGAUGGACCCACGAAGAACAUGCGCGGUUCAUGGAAGGGCUAAACAUGUACGGUCGAAAAUGGAAGAAGAUUCAAACUCACGUCAAGACCAAGACGGCCGUUCAGGUCCGCACCCAUGCGUACGGUUAUUUUGCCAAGCUCUUGAGAAACAUGCCUGAAGACGAUGUGAUAUGGGGCGCCGCGGAAGAGCUGACGUCGCUUCCAAGUGCUGUUCUCAAAGGACCAGGCAGCGGCAAGCGCCGCGUGGAGCCCAUGACAGGGCGGGAAGGCAUGGAUGUGCUGCGUAAGUUUGUCUUUUCAAAGCGGAAGCAAGCCACCAACGACGAGAAAAGAAAAUUCACGUCGGACGACGAAGAGGAAGAGACUGCGACAACGACAUGCACCACCGCAAAUUUCACAGCCACGCCCAACUGCACCGACAAUGCAUCCUCUGUGGACGAUGAUGGUGACGAAGACGACAUGGACGAGAGCGACAUAUCGAUCAGGACGACGGCAGCGACGAUUUUGUCCGUUGCUCGGGGAGGUGCCAGAAGCAGCACAUCGUCACCCUCCGCAGCUUUAGCCAAAGAAGCAUCCAAUCUUGUGCGAGGCGUCGUACUCUCAAGCCCCACAAUCAACCAGAUGCAAUCAUUUCCAACUGCAGCCAUGAAGCAAACAGACAUGACUGCAACCUGAUGGAGUGUGCCCCUGUUGCCAGUAGCAUCUCUGAAAGAUAAGCAUGUUAAGUGUCACGUGUUGUGGUCAUGCCAGAUAUUGC